AUGAAUUAUUUUAAGACUAUUGAAUAGAAUGAGAAUGGCGAUUGGGAAUCUAUCCCAUUUGAGAUUAUUUAAGUUAGAUUCUAAAUGAAUAUUAGUUAAGCAGAAAAAGAAAUAGACAAAAAGCUUCAUAAGUCCAGAAUCAAACGAACCAAUCUCGAUUGUUUAAAAGGUCUAUUAGUGAGACCUUUAGCAUAUAACAUGAAGUUUAAAGAUCAAAAGCUAUUAAAAAAAUCUAAAGAUGACUAACCCAUAACAGAUGAGGAACAAUUUGAAUACAAUUUGAUCUAAGUGGAAAUAUCUGACUUUGUUAUUAUCGAGCCCCGUAAGAAUGGAAAUGAGUAUAAAUUAUUAAAACAAGAAGAUUGGAGAAAGAUAAUUUCCUAAAAGUCAUUAAAUGGUUACAAUGUUUUCGACAUACAUGUCUCAUUGUUGGCAUAGAGUUUAAACUUUUUUGAAAGAAGAGACAUUUGGCAAUUCUUCUGCCAAGUGGAUUCAAUAAAGAAUUAAAUUAAAUAGACUGGGAAAUCCUUUCUGUAAUAUUCUUUGCAGGACAAUAAAUUUAAAUCUUAAAUAGAGAAGGACAUUCCUCGUACUUUAACUGAAUGUGAGUUUCUAACGAAUCCAGAUAAUAUUGUGAGUUUAAAAAAAAUAUUAAUUGCAUAUGCUAAUUACGAUCCUGAAUUGGGAUAUACUUAAGGCAUGAAUAUUAUUGCAGCUAAUUUAUUGGUUUGUUAUGAUCUUUAAUAUAACGAUCAUUAAUUUUUAGAAAAUGUAGAAAUAUUUGAUCCAAAAAGGGAUGAAAUGGUCUUUUACAUUUUUAUUUAUAUAAUGAUAGAACUGAAAUGGCAAGAGGUGUUUAAGACUGGGUUUCCUGGUCUCAUUAAAAUGAUGAAGACUCUCAAUUAAAAAUUUAUGUCUGAAUUACCUCAACUCUAUUAACAUUUUCAAGAAGUAGGUGUAGAUUUUAACAUUUGCUUCCAAUAUCAAUAUUUUACUUUACUAAUGUACGGAAAUUCAUGGAAAAUAAGCAGAAUGAUAUUUGAUGUUUUCCUUUUCGAAGGAGAAGAUAUCAUUCAUACAUUUAUUAUUGGAAUGUUGAAAUGCUGUGAGUCUUCUUUAUUGAAACUACAUACCUUUGAAGAAAUUCUCAAAUUUUGUAAGAAUGAUAUGAUUUCUUAAUUUUAUGGCAUCUUCUCAUUUCAUUUAGAAGGUAAGAAGGAUCUUACUAAUACAUUAUUUAAUUUAGGAUUCAUCAAAUUUGCAGAGAAAAUCAAACAAUCUGAUUAAUAAAAUACUGUGUAAGCUUAAAAUCUAUAAAAAAAAUAGAAUCAAUUGGGAUGA